AUGUCCACAUCCAGCAUCGUCAAAGAGCCCGUUGCACGAGCUCUGGGAGAAUCACUUGCGCGACAAGAUGCGACGGCCGUGGGGCAAGGAAUGCCCCUCAGAUCAAAUAAAGCAAACCUGGCAGCUCGGGAUAGUCGGUCUCAAUCUCAUCGAAAGUCCCACCCCGCAGACGAUACUGAAUCAGAAUCAUUUGAACACCGAAACUGGAAAGGAGAAAAUCCAAAGCACAAUCAUAACGCAUCACAGUUACGUGGGGCUUCUGGCAACACUCGCCCAAACAAGCUAGGGAAUCGGGAGAAAAGGGGAGGUAUUCAUUGGGCACCAUUGAACAUUGGACUCGAACGGCGCCUGCAGACCUUUGUGGUACUGUGUCAUACUCUCACCAUUGCCAUAUUCCUGACUUGCUUCUUUUUCACGUGCGCAAUACCGUUAUUCUGGCCGAUAUUGAUUCCUUACCUUGUUUAUAUCUCGCUUUUCUCCACGACAGCCACAUCGGGAACGUUAGGCCGCCGGAGCGAGUUCUUGCGUUCUCUUCGAGCCUGGUCGAUAUAUGUGUCCUACUUUCCCGCCCAGCUGCAUCGUUCAGAGCCGCUUCUUCCGACGCGCAAGUAUAUAUUUGGAUAUCAUCCACAUGGAAUCAUCUCUCAUGGCGCGUUCGCAGCAUUUGCGACGGAGGCACUCGGAUUUUCCAGACUUUUCCCGGAGAUCACGAAUACUUUACUGACCCUUGACUCCAAUUUCCGAAUUCCAUUUUACAGAGAAUAUGCUCUCGCCAUGGGGCUUGCAAGUGUUUCCCGCGAAUCUUGCGAGAACUUACUUACCAAAGGGGGUGCCGAUGGUGAAGGCAUGGGACGCGCCAUUACCAUCGUGAUUGGUGGUGCUCGGGAGUCUCUUGACGCCCUGCCACAUUCUAUACGGCUGGUCUUGAAACGGCGCAAAGGUUUCAUCAAGCUAGCGAUCCGCACCGGUGCUGACUUGGUACCCGUUCUUGCAUUUGGCGAAAAUGAUCUUUAUGAGCAAGUACGCUCGGAUCAUCAUCCUCUUAUACACAAAUUCCAAAUGCUCAUAAAGCAUACCAUGGGCUUCACUAUCCCGCUUUUCCAUGCCCGCGGUGUUUUUAACUAUGAUGUAGGCUUGAUGCCGUACCGUUGCCCAUUGAACAUCGUCGUCGGUCGCCCGAUUCAGGUUAUCCAGCAACAUGAGCGAGACAAAAUUGACGAUAACUAUGUCAAUGAACUUCACGCUCGAUAUGUUUCUGAACUCCGCCGGUUGUGGGACCAAUGGAAAGACACGUUUGCAAAGGACCGGGUUUCAGAAUUAGAAAUUAUUUCGUGA